AUGAAAUUUAUUGAGGAUGACACCCUCAAAGGCCUCUCCAAGCACUUAUUCGCUCCAUCGGGGGCUAUGUAUUCCAUAGCGACCCACCUGAUGACCCUCGAAACUCUCUUUAGCCACCCAGCUGAAUUCGCUAAGAGGCACCACGAAUCGCCCGAAGUACAGAGUUUCAAACAGAAUCCAUCUCGUGAGUCCAUGGUGGCCUACAUUGCUAGUCAAACACGAAGCCAUAGCGAAAUCGUACCCGAAGAGGAACAGGGGGCGAGUAUCUGGGACGUGCUGACCCAAAGGAGUUCCACCAGAGAAGCACAACAAGCCGGUACAUUUUGG